AUGCAAAACUACUCUGGACUAAUCAGUAUUUCUAAUGGCUACAAGCCUAUUCCUUUGAAAAAUAUUAAUGUUGAAGCCAAUGUGGUGGAUAUGAUUGCUGAAGUCAUUAUUUCUCAAACUUACACAAAUGUUGAAAACGAUAUGAUUGAGGCGAUCUAUAAAUUUCCAACUCAUGAAGCUGCGGCUAUAUGCGCCUUUGAAGCUGAAAUCGAUGGUAAAAAAAAGGUCAAAGGUAUUGUUAAAGAAACACAAGAAGCAGUAAAAGAAUACAAUACCGCUAUUCAGGGAGGGCAUGGUGCUUUUCUAUUGAAUGGACAACUUCCAGAUGUAUUCGAAUGUAUGGUCGGGAAUAUUCUUCCAAAACAGACUGUAGUCAUAAAUAUUACCUAUGUUACUGAACUUAAACAUGAUGCAGAAACAGAAAAAAUUCGUUUUGUACUUCCCACUUCAAUUGCCUCGAGAUACGGAAGAUAUGAUCCAUCAGAAUUUCCUUCUUUUGCAAGCAAUUUACCUCUUGUCAACACUGUUAAUCCAACUAGUAAUUUAUCGAUUUCUGUUACGUGUCGAAUGACAUCCUACAUUACAAGUAUUGAAUCACCAUCCCAUUAUAUAUCGACUGAAUUAAAUGUUAAUGGGAACUCAAAAAUUUCUAGAGUUACUUUGAGUGAGCAGACGACUUAUCUGGAAAAAGAUUUCAUAUUGGUCGUUGAAAGUCAUGGUCUUGAUCAACCAAGAGCAUUCAUUGAAUAUGAUCCAGUGACCGAAACGAAUUGCGUUAUGUUAACCUUGGUUCCAAAAUUUGCUAUCAAUCCCACUUUAACCGAAUUGAUAUUUGUUAUUGAUAGGUCUGGCUCUAUGGUAGGAGCACCUAUCAAAAAAGCUGCUCAAGCACUUGAAUUAUUUCUACGAUCACUCCCAGAAGAUUCAUUUUUCAAUGUUGUAUCAUUUGGUAGUAGUUACGACUCACUUUUUCCGAAAAGUCAACCUAAUUCUCAAUCUGCGAUUUCAGCAGCUCUUUCACUUGCUCAAAGUAUGGCUGCGAAUUAUUAUGGAACGGAAAUUUAUCAAUGUCUGAAAUGGGUUUUUGAGAAUAAGAGAAAUGAUAUGCCAACUUCUGUAUUUCUUCUCACAGAUGGUAGUGUUUGGAAUGUAGAUCAAAUUGCCGAAUUGGUUCGAUCAAAGGUAGAUGAAAGUGAUGACCUUCGCUUAUUCUCCUUGGGGAUUGGAAGUCAAGUAUCCCAUAAUUUGGUAGAAAGUGUUGCACGUGCUGGGAAAGGAUACGCACAAUUCGUAACUGACUGUAAUAAAGAUGGAUUUGAAAAAAAGAUUAUUGGAUUUUUGAAAAAUUCACUCAGACCUCCAAUUAAAGAUUACAAAGUCGAAUGGACAAAAAAUGAUGUCAUAGAAUUCGAGGACGAUGAACUUUCAAAAAAUAAUUCAGAGAAACCAAUUAUCAGCUUUUUUAAUGAAGGUGUUGAAUCUCUUCCCCCACUACCACCAACAGAUGAUUUUCUUUCAAGAUUACAAUUUCGACAAGCUCCGUAUGAUAUUCCGCCAAUAUAUCAAGGAGUCCGUUUAAUAGUUUAUUGCAUACUUGCAAAGGGGGUUGAGCCUAGAAAGAGUAUUACACUUUCUGCGAUGUCUCAAGAUGGUCCAAUGAGGUUGGAGAUUCCAGUUGAUCCCGUCACAUUGCAAGGAACUAAGAUGCAUACACUUGCAGCACGUAAACUUAUACAAAAUCUUGAAGAUGGAACUUCAUUUCUUCAUAAACAUCAGAAAUAUCGAGGAAAACAAGUUCCUAAUUCCGUUGUUCGUAAUCAGAUCAUUUCUUUAGGUAAAACAUAUAGCUUGGCAUCCCGUUAUACAAGUUUUAUAGCGAUUGACGAAAGAGAUGUAGAUAUGACUAAAGAACAAGAUUAUAAGCCAUUACAAAUGAUGGUGCCAAACUAUAUCUCAUCAAAUUGUGGAUUCGGAAGUAUCCAACCAAAUUAUCCUAAAUUUGGAUUAGGAAGUAACUUUAGCCAGAAAAAUUGUCAGAAUAUCGGAUUAAAUCAACCGAAUCUAUCUCAAUUUGGUGGAUUCGCAGUUGCAACUCAUGCACAAUCUCAAACCGUCAAUACGUUAAAUUCAUCAAAUGCAUCGAAUAAUAGUGGAUUUGCAUUUGGAUUUGGACCAACAACUCAAAAAGCCAGUCAAUCACUAUUUGGAUCAAAUACGUCGAAUAAUAAUGAAUUUGGACCAGUGGCUCAGACAGCCAGUCAACCGCUAUUUGGGACAAAUAUAUUGAAUAAUAAUCGGUAUAGUGGAUUUGCACAAGCAACUCAAACAGCCAGUCAAUCGCUAUUUGGAUCAAAUACGUCGAAUAAUAAUGAAUUUGGAUCAGUGGCUCUAACAGCCAGUCAGCCACUAUUUGGAACAAAUACGCCGAAUAAUAAUGGGUAUAGUGCAUUUGGACCAGCAGCUCAAACAGCCCGAUCGGUAUUUGAAUCAAUUGGGUCGAAUAAUAGUGCAUUUGGAUGCAAGACGUUUGGUGGAUUUGGAUCAACAACUCAAGCAGUUAAUUCUGGUGGAUUUGGAUCAACAACUCAAACAUAUAAUUCUGGGGGAUUUGGAUCAACAACUCAAACAUAUAAUUCUGGUGGAUUUGGAUCAACAACUCAAACAGCUAAUUCUGGUGGGUUUGGAUCAACAACUCAAACAGCUAAUUCUGGUGGAUUUGGAUCAACAACUCAAACAGCUAAUUCUGGUGGAUUUGGAUCAACAAUUCAACCAACUAGUCAACCAUUAUUUGGAUCAAUUACAUCAAAUAAUAGUGGAUUUGGAGCUAAAGCUAAAACAGACGGUCAAUCAUUAUUUGGUGGAUUUGGUCAACCACAGUUUGGUGAAUUUGGGCAUAAAAGUUUAUCCUCUAAUAACUCUCAAAUACAAUCUAGUGGAUUUGGCCAACCACAGUUUGGUGAAUUUGGGCAUAAAAGUUUAUCCUCUAAUAACUCUCAAAUACAACCGAGUGGAUUUGGUCAACCACAGUUUGGUGAAUUUGGGCAUAAAAGUUUAUCUUCUAAUAACUCUCAAAUACAACCUAAUGGAUUUGGUCAAUCACAGUUUGGUGAAUUUGGGCAUAAUAAAAGUUUAUUCUCUAAUAACUCUCAAACACAACUUAGUGAAUUUGAAUCCAUAACUAAUAUACAACCUCAAGAGGUCAAUACCAAUAUUUUGAAUUCAAGUACACAGAAUCAAACACUAUUUGCUUACAAACAGAUGCCUCAAUAUGGAUCAGUAUUUACCUCAAACUCCACUGACAUUCCUCAACAAAAAAAUAAUCCGACAAAUCCAACUUUAGAAACUCUUUACAAUUUUUUAAGAUUUCAAUCAUUUGAUGGAAAGUUCUUGCCAUCUGAAGAGUUUUAUGCAUAUUUCAAAAAAGAUGAAACCGAAAAUAAUAACUUAAAAGAAUAUUGUAUUAAAAAUAAUAUAGAUGAGACAAUUUGGACAACAUCAAUAGCAAUAGGAUAUUUGGAAAUUAUUAUAUGUUCCAAGUAUAAAGCGGAAAGUGAAUUGUGUAAAGAAAAGGCUGAAAGGUGGUUAGAAAAGAUGUCAGGUAGUGAAAAGACAAAAGUUGUGGAAAUAGCGAAAGAGUGGAUACGAAAAUGGGUUAAUAAUUUUCAAAGUAAAUAA